UUUUCCAGGGAGCCACCGGGUCUGACCCCAACAGCAAUGAGCUCCAGAAACCCUGCGGUGGGCAGGACCUGGCUGCCGGCCCGUUGACGUCCAGCUCUCUAGGACACGUUAACUCUUAACUGUGUCUGUUUCUUGUCUGCAGAACAGACGUGAUGAUGCAUGUGCUGCCGGGCCUGAUAGACGUCUGUAUUCUGUCAUCCCUGGAAGGUGUUCCUCUUACCAACUUCCGUUCUGUGGCUGGACAGGCAUCAAAGAUCGUGCCCAUUGGGGAUCAGUAAGCCUGGUGUGACCAAAGAAUGUGAGUUUUGGUCCUACACCAGAGAGGCAAGUCACUGAGUGUGGAAAACUAGCCAUGGAGACCCUAAAAUCUGAGAAAAAGAGAGUCCUCCCCUCGUGGAUGACAGCCCCUGUGGAUGAGAGAAAGGUGGUGCCAGUGAAGACGCACAAGAAGAGGGUGGCAGCUGUGCACCGCAGGCCAGCGACAAGAGCCCCCACCACGGAGACUGUGCACUGGAUGAGUGAAGCUGAAAUGGUCAGUGUGGCUCUGGAGGUCUUGAUUGAGGAUGGAAAACAGGAAAAGCUCUGGGAACAGCCGUCUCUGGUAGCCACUGAUAAGCCGCAGCUCUCCCCUCCCUACUCAGCGUCCCCUCACACCAGUUCCCCUGGGAGCAGCAGUGAGGAAGAGGACAGUGGGAACGACUCGCCUCUUCUAGGCCUCAGCCCUUCCCGGGUACCAGCGGCUUCUGACUCUCCCUGUAGCAGAAGCCCCAAGGAAGAAAAGGAGGAGGAAGAUGCCUUGAAGUAUGUCAGGGAGAUCUUUUUCAGUUAGUAGGAACUGUUCAGUGUUUCUGCUAAGAACUGGGGCGCCGCCCACCCUUGCCUCCCAUGGAAGCUGGGCUUUGCUUCCAGCGUCCAGAAGGCUUCCAUUUGGGGGUGGGGGGGGCGUUGCAGGAUGCAGAACGGCACCCUAUUAGUCUUGACCCGCUCUGCCCUCUGGCUCUGUGUUGGGAAUCCUAGCCCUGUAUUUCAUUCAGGUACCAGUAAAAAUGAGGUGUUAGGCCCA